AUGAAGACGCACCUGGCCAAACACAACAUUUUUGAAAAGUCCGAUCCAGAGGACCCGGGCGAGGGUUCUAGCGUGACGAAAAAGCACUCAAUUGCUUCAAUGUUUCAGUUCCGAGCUGAGCGUGAUGUCAGCGCCCUGCUGGAACAGAACAUACUUCGAUGGAUCGUGACAGAUGAUGUGGCAUUCACGGCAAUUGAGUCCCCGGCAUUCCAACAGAUAUUCAAGGACUUGCCGGAAGCCCCUCUUCCCUUCUCUUCUCGAACGGUUGUCCGCCGUAUUGACUCGGAUUUUGAUCGGAGUCGGAUCCAGUUGAUCGACGAACUAGCUCGGACAUGCUCCACAAUUGCGCUUUCCUUGGAUGUCUGGACAAGCAAAAACCAUAAAGCCAUUUUGGGAGUUAUCGGCCACUGGAUGUCCACCGACUUUAAAUAUCAAGAACGAGUCUUGGAGUUCAGCGAGCUUGCUGGGUCCCACAGUGGAGAAAACAUGGCGGAGACUCUGCAGAAGAUGCUAGUCGAGCUUCGAAUUGAGGAGAAGUUGCUCACAAUCACAGCUGAUAAUGCGUCGAAUAAUGAAACGCUGGCGUCUGAGCUGUAUUUUAACCUAUUGGAAAAGUACAACUCGGAGGGUUACAAUGUGCCCGAUAAAGGACGUCUCCGAUUUCAAGGUAUUGAUAGCUACAUCCGGUGUCUUGCACAUGUCCUCAACCUCAUUGUCCGCGACAUCCUCUCGGGGAUGAAAUCUGGAGAUCACAAGUCUGCUAUGGAAGCCUGUGACCUCCUGCAGGGAAAUAAGAAAAUCGGACGGCAGUCUGCGUUGGCCCGGAUUCGGAUCAUGGCUCUCUGGAUAUUAAAGACACCUCAACGACGACAGCAGUGGAAAGUGUCUUGCCAAGCAAAUGGCUUGAACGACAAGUUCAUCGAGUAUGAUGUGGAAACCCGCUGGAACUCCACCUACCGUAUGGUCCAGGGAGCCUUACGAGCCAAAUCACAGAUCCGGAAGUGGAUAGAGCAUCAGAACCAGUUCCCGCCCUUUUCAGCUGAUGACUGGUUGCAGCUGCAACAGCUCGAAAUGAUCCUUUCCAAGUUCGAUGAGUUCACUCAGCUGGUUUCCCGGCGACAAUCCCAGAUCAGCCUAGCUAUUCCCAUCUACUACGAACUGAAUGACAUGCUCGAAGAUGCAGCUUGUGCUCAAGGCGACUUUUCGGGGCUUAGUUCUGACAUUACCUCCGCCAUCUCCGCGGGGAUGAAGAAAUACAAGAAGUAUUAUGAACUGAUGGACGCCCAAGAUGCUUAUUAUAUCGCUCUUGUCCUUGAUCCACGCUUCAAAACGGUCUUAUUGGAUAAGGAGCUCGGGCAGGUAACAGCGCCAAAAGUUAUUCGAUCCAUCAAGGAUACUUUGCAUGAGCAAUACCCAUCCAAACCGUCACAGGAGCAGCCAAUGUCAAAAAUUAACCAGGGCAACAAGCGACAAAGCCUAGAGGCUCGUGUCCUGCAGAAACUGCAACCGCAAGUGAUCCAACGUUCCGAUAUCGACCGCUACUUUGAGGAAGGUGUGGUGACGGUUGAUGAAUCUGUAACAAAAAACGAAGAUUGGUUAUUUUCCUGGUGGAGGAUGCACAAGGACGAAUACCCGCGGAUGGCUGCUGCAGCCAGAGAUUAUCUUGCCAUCCCGGCAGCUGAAGUCGCAGUAGAGAGAUUGUUUAGCCGUGGUAGGGAUCUGGUAGGGCUACGUCGGCAUUCUCUGAAAGGUGAGACGAUGCGGAAGGUGAUGCUGUUGAGAGAUAUAUAUAGUUCGGAGAGCACCCAGUGA